AGGCGCCCCCGAGUCUCUCCUCCCGCGAAGAGAGGCCGCGCGGGCCGGGUCGGGCCGGGCUGGAGCAGCGGCGGUCUCCGGAGCCGAGCCUGCAGCGAAGGACCGGUUGAGGCGUGCAGGAGGGAAGGAGGCAAGGGCUCCGCGGCACAGCCGCCGCCGCCGCUCGCGGGCAAGAGAUGGCGGCGGAGAGGGGAGCUCGGCGACUCCUCAGCACCCCCUCCUUUUGGCUUCGUUGCUUGCUGCUGCUCGGGCACUGGGCGCUGGGAGCUGCGGCCGCCAGGAGUGAUUCCUCGCCGCAGUCCCCAGGAUCCAGCAUUCGAACAUUCACUCCAUUUUAUUUUCUGGCGGAGCCAGUGGACACACUGUCAGUUAGAGGCUCUUCUGUUGUAUUAAACUGUUCAGCAUAUUCGGAAUCCUCUCCAAAAAUUGAGUGGAAAAAAGAUGGAACAUUUCUGAACUUGGUAUCAGAUGAUCGACGCCAGCUUCUCCCAGACGGGUCUUUAUUUAUCAGCAAUGUGGUGCAUUCCAAACACAAUAAACCUGAUGAAGGUUAUUAUCAGUGCGUGGCCACCGUUGAGAGUCUUGGAACUAUUGUCAGUAGAACAGCCAAGCUCACAGUAGCAGGUCUUCCAAGAUUUGCCAGCCAACCAGAACCUUCUUCAGUUUAUGCUGGGAACAGUGCAGUUCUCAAUUGUGAAGUUAAUGCAGAUUUGGCCCCGUUUGUGAGAUGGGAACGGAACAGGGAGCCUCUUCCUCUGGAUGGCAGAGUCAUCAAACUUCCAAGCGGGACGCUGGUUGUCAGCAAUGCGACUGAAGGGGAUGGGGGACUUUACCGCUGCAUAGUUGGAAGUGGUGGGCCGCCAAAGUAUAGUGAUGAAGCUGAAUUAAAAGUUCUUCCAGAUCCUGGGGUCACAUCAGAUGUGGUAUUUUUGAAACAACCUUCUUCCCUAGUCAGAGUUGUCGGUCAGAGUGCAGUGCUGCCCUGUGUGGCUGCGGGACUUCCUCUUCCAACCAUUAGAUGGAUGAAAAAUGGGGAGGCGCUUGGCACAGAAAGCUCUGAAAGAUUGGUAUUGCUGGCAGGUGGUUGUCUGGAGAUCAGCGAUGUCACUGAGGAUGAUGCUGGGACUUACUCUUGUAUAGCUGAUAAUGGAAAUGAGACAAUUGAAGCUCAAGCAGAGCUUACAGUACAAGCCCAACCUGAAUUCCUGAAGCAGCCUACUAAUAUAUAUGCUCAUGAAUCUAUGGAUAUCAUAUUUGAAUGUGAAGUGACUGGGAAGCCAACUCCAACUGUGAAGUGGGUCAAGAAUGGGGAUAUGGUUAUCCCAAGUGAUUACUUUAAGAUUGUAAAGGAACAUAAUCUUCAAGUUUUGGGUCUGGUGAAAUCAGAUGAGGGGUUCUAUCAAUGCAUUGCUGAGAAUGAUGUUGGAAAUGCACAAGCUGGAGCCCAGCUGAUCAUCCUUGAACAUGAUGUUGCCAUCCCAACAUUACCUCCCACCUCACUGACCAGUGCCACUACUGACCAUCUAGCACCAGCCACAGCGGGACCACUGCCUUCAGCUCCCCGGGACGUCGUGGCCUCCCUGGUCUCUACCCGCUUCAUCAAACUGACGUGGCGGACACCUGCGUCAGAUCCUCAGGGAGACAACCUCACCUACUCCGUCUUCUACACCAAGGAGGGGGUUGCUAGGGAACGGGUUGAGAACACCAGUCGCCCAGGAGAAAUGCAGGUAACCAUUCAGAAUCUAAUGCCGGAGACCGUGUACGUCUUCAGAGUGAUGGCUCAGAACAAGCAUGGCUCGGGGGAGAGCUCAGCUCCUCUGCACGUGGAAACCCAGCCUGAGGUUCAGCUCCCGGGCCCAGCACCCAACCUCCGAGCGUACGCAACGUCCCCGACUUCCAUCACUGUCACCUGGGAAACACCGUUGUCCGGCAACGGGGAGAUUCAGAAUUACAAAUUGUACUACAUGGAAAAAGGGACGGACAAAGAACAGGAUGUUGAUGUUUCGAGUCACUCCCAUACCAUUAACGGGCUGAAAAAAUACACAGAGUAUAGUUUCCGAGUGGUGGCCUACAACAAACACGGUCCCGGGGUCUCCACCCAGGAUGUCGCCGUCCAGACACUGUCAGAUGUUCCCAGUGCUGCUCCUCAGAAUCUGUCCUUAGAAGUGAGAAAUUCAAAGAGUAUUAUGAUCCACUGGCAGCCACCCCCUCCAGCCACACAAAAUGGGAAGAUUACUGGCUACAAAAUUCGCUACCGAAAGUCCUCCCGCAAGAGUGAUGUCACUGAGACCUUGGUAACUGGGACACAGCUGUCUCAGCUGAUUGAAGGUCUGGAUCGGGGGACUGAGUAUAAUUUCCGAGUGGCUGCUCUAACAGUCAAUGGCACAGGCCCGGCUACUGACUGGCUGUCCGCUGAAACUUUUGAAAGUGACCUAGAUGAAACUCGCGUUCCUGAAGUACCCAGUUCUCUUCACGUCCGUCCGCUUGUCACGAGCAUCGUGGUGAGCUGGACGCCCCCGGAGAACCAGAACAUCGUGGUCAGAGGGUAUGCCAUCGGUUAUGGCAUCGGCAGCCCGCACGCCCAGACCAUCAAAGUGGACUAUAAACAGCGCUACUACACCAUUGAGAAUCUGGAUCCCAGCUCUCAUUAUGUGAUUACCUUGAAAGCAUUCAACAACGUGGGCGAAGGCAUCCCCCUGUAUGAGAGUGCUGUGACCAGGCCUCACACCGACACUUCUGAGGUUGAUUUAUUUGUUAUUAAUGCUCCAUACACUCCAGUGCCAGAUCCCACCCCCAUGAUGCCACCGGUGGGGGUCCAGGCUUCCAUUCUGAGUCACGACACCAUCAGGGUCACGUGGGCGGACAACUCGCUGCCCAAACACCAGAAGAUUACGGACUCCCGGUACUACACAGUCCGGUGGAAAACCAACAUCCCGGCCAAUACCAAGUACAAGAAUGCAAAUGCAACCACUUUGAGUUAUUUGGUGACUGGUUUAAAAGCAAAUACACUGUAUGAAUUCUCUGUGAUGGUGACGAAAGGUCGAAGAUCAAGCACGUGGAGCAUGACAGCCCAUGGGACCACCUUUGAAUUAGUCCCUACUUCUCCACCCAAGGACGUGACUGUUGUGAGUAAAGAGGGGAAACCUAGGACCAUCAUUGUGAAUUGGCAGCCUCCCUCCGAAGCUAAUGGCAAAAUUACAGGCUACAUCAUAUAUUACAGCACAGAUGUGAAUGCAGAGAUACAUGACUGGGUCAUUGAGCCCGUUGUGGGCAACAGGCUGACGCACCAGAUACAGGAGCUGACACUGGACACACCGUACUACUUCAAAAUCCAGGCUCGGAACUCGAAGGGCAUGGGCCCCAUGUCUGAAGCUGUCCAGUUCAGAACCCCUAAAGCGUCAGGGUCUGCAGGAAAAGGAAGCCGGAUGCCAGACCUAGGACCUGAUUACAAACCUCCAAUGAGCGGUAGUAACAGUCCCCAUGGAAGCCCCACCUCUCCUCUGGACAGUAAUAUGCUCCUGGUCAUCAUCGUCUCUGUUGGGGUCAUCACCAUCGUGGUGGUUGUGAUCAUUGCUAUCUUUUGCACCAGGCGCACCACCUCUCACCAGAAAAAGAAACGAGCUGCUUGUAAGUCAGUGAAUGGCUCCCACAAGUACAAAGGCAACUCCAAAGAUGUCAAACCCCCAGACCUCUGGAUCCACCAUGAGAGGCUGGAGCUGAAACCCAUCGACAAGUCUCCAGACCCGAACCCCAUCAUGACUGAUACUCCAAUUCCUCGUAACUCUCAAGAUGUCACACCAGCUGACAAUUCCAUGGACGGCAACAUCCAUCAAAGGCGGAAUUCAUACAGAGGGCAUGAAUCAGAGGACAGCAUGUCUACACUGGCUGGAAGGCGGGGAAUGAGACCAAAAAUGAUGAUGCCCUUUGACUCCCAGCCGCCCCAGCCUGUGAUUAGUGCCCAUCCCAUCCAUUCCCUCGAUAACCCUCACCAUCAUUUCCACUCCAGCAGCCUCGCUUCUCCAGCUCGCAGUCUUCUCCACCACCCAGGCGGCCCCUGGCCCACUGGCACGUCCCUGUGCCUCUCAGACAGGGCCAGUUCCACAGAAUCUGUUCGAAAUACCCCCAGCACCGACACCAUGCCAGCCUCCUCGUCUCAGACGUGCUGCACUGAUCACCAGGAUCCUGAAGGUGCUACCAGCUCCUCUUACUUGGCCAGCUCCCAAGAGGAAGAUUCAGGCCAGAGUCUUCCUACAGCCCACGUUCGCCCUUCGCACCCAUUGAAGAGCUUUGCUGUGCCUGCCAUCCCGCCCCCAGGCCCUCCCACCUAUGACCCUGCACUGCCAAGCACACCGUUACUGUCCCAGCAAGCUCUGAACCACCACGUUCACGCAGUGAAGACGGCCUCCAUCGGGACUCUGGGAAGGAGCAGGCCUCCUGUGCCCGUGGUGGUUCCCAGCGCCCCUGAAGUGCAGGAGACCACAAGGAUGCUGGAAGACUCCGAAAGUACCUAUGAACCAGAUGAGCUGACCAAAGAGAUGGCCCACCUGGAAGGACUGAUGAAGGACCUAAAUGCCAUCACAACCGCCUGACGGCCUUCACCAGGACGUGACUCCAGCCCUGAGUUUAGAAGUCUUGGGACUUAGCCUUGAAAACAAGGAAUUGUACAGAGGACAAGAGGACAGCACUUGAGAACACAGAGUGAGCAUGCAGACCCGCCCGCGUCCCUGCGUGGGGCGGCCUCUACCACGGCCGCCUGCCUCCUCCUGGUCAGCCUGGAAGAAGCCCGCGUGGAGGCAGCUUCCCGUCGCCUGCCGGGACCCUGCAGGACUGGCAGACGGCAGAGCGCCGAGUCAGGGAAGAGGCAGGAAGCGCCCCCAGCCUGUUUCUCUCCGUGGUCAGGCAGUGCUUCGAGCUGCGGCUGCGUCGCCGUUACGGGGUGUAGAUGUUGCAUUUAUGUACAGUUUUAUUUGUGUCCUAUUUUACCUUCAGAAGUAAAACACUAUCAAAACCGAGGAAGUCCGUGGUGUUCUCCACAAGUGGUUGGUGUUUGACUACUUGUUUGAAUUAUGUAUGGAAAGUCAUCAACAAUGUGCGUUGUUCCAGGGAUUGGCUUGUUUUUUGUUCUUAUUUUUAAUUCUGAAUCACUGCAUCCUCUACCAGCGGUUAACCCAUCACUCUGAGUGGGGAGGACAUGUUGCAUUGCUGUUUGUAAGCUUUUUUAUUAUUUUUUUAUUAUAAUUAUUAAAGGCCUGACUUUCUCCUCUCAUCACUGUGAGAUUACAGAUCUGUUUGAAUGAUGUGUAACAUUGAAAAGACUUGCUUGUUGCUUCUGUGCAGUGUCAGUACUGGGGUGGGGUGGACUGGGAAUGGGCAUCGGGGCUGCUGCCGAGGCCCCGGGACUGUUUCUGCCGCAGCGCUUUCCUCCCCAAGCCCGCGGAGAAGGGAGGCGUCUGUGUCACUGUCCCUUCCCGGCAUAUCCAUCUCUGCUGUCACUAAGUUGCAACUGGACUUUGAUUUGGACCUAGUUGAAAGCUCUUCUGUGCAAUAGGUGGGUUCGAGGGUUUGGGGGCCCUGACGUCUCGCUCAGGUCCCAGUGAGCGUGUCUGUGCCGAGCAGGCAGGCACCUCCGGGUGCAGCAGUGGGCGGGGCCAGUCCACAGCCGGCUCUGUCCCCACUGGGGAAGUCAGGGUUAACAAGGGACUAGGUUCCACUUAGGACUCCUUGCUUCUCUCCAUUUCCUGUCCUCAGCCGGUCCAGCGGUCACUUGCAUUAGCGAGAAUGAGGCGGGGGCUGCAUGCCCCUGAGGCUCCCUGCUUCUUUCUGAACAGUGUUCUUUAUGUGGCAGGGGAUGGGCACAGAGAGGGCCACAGGGGACAGCCGUGCCCCCACCCCAGCAGCUCAGCUAAGCCCCUGUUCCAGGGAGUGCCGGGUGGCCUGGCUGCACACAGAAGCCUUUGCCUUCACAAAUAGUCCAUCUUCUUUGUCUUAAAAAGGUAAAGAGCUGAGGUGUUGGUUCUUUUUAAUAUGAAGAAUAUAUUAUGGAAAAAUAUAGGACAGACCCUCAGGCACCUUCCCCAGAAGAGAGCAUGGAAGGCAGUGCAGAAGGCCACCUGGGCUCCGGUCCCACAGCCUAGCAGAGGUCGGCUGGUGAGACCUCCACCGGGUACCCGGCCCUGGCCCCACCGGCACCCACUUGCCUUUGUACGUUGGUUAUUUCCCCCUUUUAAGUCUCCUCACGUAUUUGCUUUUCUAGACGAUGAACUCUGUAUUUAUUAUUUGGGGCAAUGGAAAGUGCAAUGCUGACUCCUGCCGCCCUGCCCGCUGGCCACAGAGGAUACUGCCGGGCAGGGCUCUGCAGAGCCUGGGCAUUCCCACUGCUCCCGAACAGAGCACUCCGAGCACCCGCGCCAGGGGCCAGAGUCCCCAGGAGCCGGCUCACCUUCUGCCCAAAGAAACACGCUCGGUAUUCAGGGCCUUCCCGUCCACGGGCCCAGGCGCCUCUGUUACCUCGGGGCCUCAGUACCCGGGCACCGCCACAGAGCUGGGGUGGGGGGGCCUAUUUUUAAAUAAAGGAACUGCUCAAAGUUGGGGAUUUUUUAAAAUUAAGAAAAAGGAAAGUUAUUCUGUAUUGCACCUUUUCACAAUUUAAUACAUUUUCUUACAUUUGCUGUGAUUUUUGAAACGAAACCAUCCAUUGUGUGUCUUGUAAUGGCCCACGGGGGUGGCCACCCAGCAGCACCUUCCGGGAGGGUUUGGAACAGGCGUGUCUGCCGCUGUGCCGGCCACUGCAGAGGGCGGGGCUGCUGGGGGCCCGUUGCUGUACACACUUGUUUGGCCUUUUCUGUAGUUGAUGCUGUAAACUCUAUGGCUUUUUAAAAAACGAUUUCAUGUUUUUAUUUAGCAUUGGAAAUCCAAUACACUUUUUUAAUCCAAUCAAA